AUGAGUGGGUGGGGGUCUCAGCCUACCCAGGUGCGAGGGUCUCACGGCUACCUCGCAGGGAUCAGCAUCUCCGGCGGCAUCGAGUCGAGGGCGCAGCCAGUGGUGAAGAUUGAGAAGAUCUUCCCUGGGGGAGCUGCCUUCCUCAGCGGCAUCCUCAAGGCCGGGCAGGAGCUGGUGUCAGUGGACGGGGAGAACCUGCAGAACGUCACCCACCAGCGGGCUGUGGACAUCAUCCGCCAGGCCUACCGCAACAAAGCCAAGGAGCCCAUGGAGCUGGUGGUGCGGGUGGCCGGAGCCCCCCCGGAGUGACGUUGCAUCCCCUCCUUCGAGGAGCCUUCCUGCACUCUGGAGGAGCUGGCUGGCUCAUUCCUGCACUGAGCUGUGGCCGGUCUCAGCACAGCCAGAGGGCACAAGAGCUGGAGCUGCCCCAUGGGCGUGGAGGAGCUGCCUGCAGCAGGACCCAAGGGGGGGGGGCACGUGGCCCCUGACGCCCCCUCCAGACACAUGGACGCAGCCCUGAAAAAAACCA